AUGGCAGAAGAGUUUGGUGCCUUGGUUAAGCAGGGUACAUGGUCUCUUGUCCCACCUCCUUCUAAUGCUAACAUCAUUGGUUGCCAAUGGAUUUUUAAGAUUAAGAAGCACUCUGAUGGUUCAAUAGCUAGAUAUAAGGCCAGACUAGUGGCAAAUGGCAAUCAACAGUUUGAGGGUCUUGAUUUCACAGAAACCUUUAGUCCUGUCAUCAAACAACCAACCAUUCAUGUGGUGUUGUCUUUGGCUCUGCAUCAUAACUGGUCCAUAUGUCAGUUAGAUGUUUCAAAUGCAUUUUUACAUGGUGGCUUUAAUAAUAGCACAGCGGAUACAUCAUUGUUUGUUCAUACAUCUACUUCUGAUAUUACCUUGGUUCUUGUGUAUGUGGAUGACAUCUUGAUUACUGGAAAUAAUGAUGUUUUCAUUUCCAAGCUUAUUGAUCUAUUGAGUAUACGGUUUGUUAUGAAAGACCUUGGCCAACUUAGUUACUUUCUAGGAAUUGAGAUACACCGUCAUGGGAAAAAUUUGAUCCUUUGUCAGUCCAAGUAUGCAUCAGAUCUUCUUGUUAAGGCUGGCAUGCAAGAUUGCAAACCAAGUUUGUCUCCUACAUCAGCUAAACCUCUUCUCCUUGAUCCAGAUUUGCCAUUUCCAGAUCAGUCUUGGUUCAGAACCAUUGUAGGAUCUUUACAGUAUCUUACACUUACUAGACCAGAAAUCUCUUUUUCUGUUAAUCUGGCCUGUCAGCACAUGCAUGCACCAAAGCAGAGCCAUUUCGUUGCGGUCAAACAGAUUCUACGGUAUAUCAAGGGCAGUCUUUACCAAGGAUUAUACUACACUCGAGGGCCUUUAAAUCUCACUGCUUAUUCGGAUGCCGACUGGGCUGGGGACAGUGUAAAUAGAAGGUCCACAUCUGGUUAUUGUCUGUUUUUGGGCUCCAACUUAAUUUCCUGGAGUGCUAAGAAGCAACCUAUAGUUGCUAGAUCAUCAACAGAUUUCCGCAAAGCCCAGCCCCAAACGGCCCAUUUGUGA